AUGUUAGAGAAAAGAGCUGCUGAGGCCCAUCGCAUCCGAUCAAAAUAUCCCAAUAGAAUUCCUGUAAUUUGUGAAAGGGCGGCAAGAUCAGACUUGCCAGAAAUGGAUAAGAAGAAAUUUCUUGUUCCAAUGAAUAUGAUGGUUGGCGAAUUCAAAUAUAUUGUUCAUAAGCAUAUCAAUCAAUGUGCGCUUUCAAGACAGGAACAAGCUCAAGGUGCCCCAGUCCAGGCAUCUCCAGUUACUCAUGAGAAGACCAUCUAUUUAUUUGUCAAUAAUACAGCUCCCAAGGCAGGAGCGCUAAUGCAAGAGCUUUAUGAAGAGCACGUUAGUGAGGAUGGAUUUCUUUACGUUGAGUACUCCGCAGAAAACACUCUUGGUUGUUUAGUCCCAUAA